AUGGCCGCCCCCUACGAUGAUCCGUGGGCUGAUUGGCGGCGGCAGAGCAGCGAAGCAGCCUUCUCCCGGGAUGCAGAGAUGAGCGAGACGGCGGCCACCGGUGGGAUGUCGUCCCGACCGACAGCAGAGACCUACCCGGACGAUCCUUCUGACCGCCGGGCCGACGGUGAAGUGAGUGGUGAUUUCGUGGCAGGCCAAUCAGGAGAUUGGCGGGGACGCACCUCUCCCGGGGACACCGCGACCGGCCCGAACACAGACAGCGGUGACCAAAGAGCAGAAGAAGGAGACCGUGCCUCCGACGGGCACCACUCCACUGGUUCUGGUGGCUGGUGGCCUGAGAGUGAUAGAUGGUGGCGCCGAGGUGCUACUGGGGAGUCCUACAGCACUACCACCAGCCAAGCGCGGCGGCAAUGGACGAGUGAAGAAUGGCGGCAGUGGAACGACUGGUGGCAGCGGAACAGCGGCGCGGACGACGCGGCGCGGCCCUCGGUGACUUCGACAUCCCCUCCGAGCACUACUACCCGAACCGGAACUACCUCGACGGCCCGAACCACUUCCACACCGAUAAGCCCUGGGCAUAACGGCGCUGGAGCAGGCAAGGGGCCCUCUGAGAAACUGCUGAUUCCCACUUUCAGCGGGGAGGCCGGCGACAUGGCAGAGAUCGGGUCUUCGGCUCGUAGCUACCUUCGGCAGGUCGAUGCAUGGCAGCGGAUGACGAAGCUCUCGACCGACCAACAGGCCCUUGUUCUCUACCAACACCUGCAAGGGUCUGCUUGGGUGAACGCGGAGUCCCUGGACGUUGGCUGCCUGGCUACGUCUGCUGGCGUAGAGCACCUGAAGGACUGGGUGCGCCAACACUAUCUGGACGUGGAGGUCACGCUGGUGGGAAGGUCGCUGAGUGACCUGUUCAGAAAGUUGAAGCGGAAGCCCCAACAGACCUUCCGGGACUACGCGGCCGAGUUCAACCGUCUCCUUGCGAGGGUCACCGAGUGUGGGUGCCGACUACCAGAUGUGGCCAACGCGUGGCUCUUCGUGGACAGGGCCAACCUCGAUGAGCAGACGGAGGUCAGCCUGCUGGCGAGCGUUGGGAAUCGGUACGAGCUGAAGGCCCUCCAGCAGGCGGCGAUCAUCUUGGAUCGUUCCAUGCGGAAGCCUUGGGAAAAGCCCCGCCAUUUCGAAAACCGAGAUCCGAGACGUGCCCAGACGGUGCACCAGACCGAGGAGUACGGCAGGGACGACGAAGGCCACAGCUCAGAGGACGAGCCACCCUCCAUCGACGACCCCGACAUCGACGGCGAGGCCCUGUACGUGAGCUACAUGACAGCAAAGGCACGGUAUAAGGAGGUGACGAAGUCCAGGGGCGUGGUGACCACUGGUGACCCACCCGCAGCCAAGAAGGCCGCAGAGGAGAUGAUCCGUUUGGCGAAAUCGCGGUCACACUGCUCGGCCGGGGCCCAGACCAUCCACGUCACGAAUGACAUCAUGGAACUCAUCCACGGGAACAACCUGGACCUCCUCGCCAUCCUUGAUUCGGCCUGUUCGAAGUCGGUGGUUGGGACGACAUGGCUUCAGCGCUACCUCGACCACAUCAAGGGCAAGGGACGGGACGUUGAUUUCGUCUACGAGAAAGAAGCCUUCAAGUUCGGGGCGGCCAGCCGGGUCUACGAGUCCACCUAUGCGGCGGUGAUCCUGGUCCCGAUACAAGGGAGGUGGGUCGGCAUUAAGGCGGCGGUGAUCCACGGCGAGCUUCCCCUUCUCCUUUCGAAACCCGCACUUUCUCGAUUGGGAUUGGUGCUGGACCUCGGCAGCAACACCGCCAACUUCAAGGCGAUCGACAGUGGGGAGAUCGAGCUAGCGGCUACCGCUAGCGGCCACCCUGCAAUUCGUGUUGGCCACGGGAACGGCCGUGAGCCGGAUGUGAAGAUGCUUCCCCGACAGUGGGAAGGGCACGGAGUGUCGAUCCUUGCGCCUCGUGAAGUAUACAUGGUCGCACCGGGAAGUUGCCCAACUAGCCCUUGCUCCCCGCCCGUGCUGUUCUAUGGCAAGAAGCUAGGCCCCUUCAUAAAGGACAUGCUUGUUGCGGAUUCCCUCAACACCGAUGCCUUUUACGAUUGGUGGAGUAGUACAAAGCUUUCGAGUGAUUUCUGGAUUGAGUGCCCCGACCGCCUGGUUAGAGUCCACGUAACUCCCCGAAAGAACUUCUUCGACCCCAGAAGCUGGCAGACCACUCACACUCUUCAACGCACGUUGCUGCUGGAUGCCUUGGGUAGCUUGCGUGAGUCCUGGGGGAUUGCGUGCGUCACUCAGUGCACUCUGAAUGUCAUCACCGAAGAUUGGAGAUCUAGAGAGACGGCAAUGUGUUCAAUCGAGCUUCGGGUCAACGCCCGACUCCGACCUGGAACCCUUCCCCCUGCGAUGAGCACUCUGACGCCGCUAUGGAAGAUGUCGAAGGCGCAGCUGCUGGCGGAGUGCACCAAGCGAGGCCUGGCGGUCAGCCCCAAGUGGACGUGCCCCGAGUUGCGGACCAUCCUGGUGAACAGCCCGAUCCCUACAGACGAGGGCCUGCAACUCCCGAAGGGGCUCUCUUCCAUGUCGCUGGCGGAACUUCGGCUGGAAGCGGCGCGGGUGGAAGUCGAGUUCUCGGAGAAGGACACGAAGGGCGCGCUCAUGCUGAAGAUCAGGGACGCGGUGGCGCCCAACGAGACGGUGAUGACCCUGGGUCGCUUCAAAGGGUCAUCGUACGCGGACAUCCCGGAGAACUACGGGGCGUGGGCAUCGGAGGAGGAGAAGGUCAACGGGACGAACAUGCACCCCGACCUCAAGCGGUUCGUGGUGUGGCGGCGCCGACACAGGACCAAGGAACAAGGAGGAGCCGAACCCCUACUACCUCGACCCCGAGAAGAACGCGAUGGUCCCUCCUCCGCCGAUGAGCGAAACGGGCUGCUCGGCCGCGUCCUGGGCGCUGUUGGGCGAGGGGUACGUGCAGCAUCAGAUAUCCUCUACCACAACGACAACAGCACCCCUUGUGAGGCCCGAGGUGACGCGUCUGGCCGCAACGACCCCCGAGACGUCGUCAUCAGGCCGCAGGACCAGGCAGAGGGAAGAGAACGAGAAGGAGCGCAUGACCCAGGACGUGACCCCCGAGGUGAUGUCAGAAAUUCAAGCGCUGGAGGCUCGAUUGGCGACGCUGAAGGACUCUUGUGGCCUCCAUCCGUGAUGGACGAGGCAAGCAAUUCGGAGGGACCCGCCGGCGCAGUGCCAGCACACGUCACGCACCACGAACCCUCCCCAAAGUGGUCAUCGGUUUUCGCAGACACUUUUGAGGAGGCAACCGUCCCCGCUGAUGAACUGGACGCCUUCAUGACGAUUCAGCUCGAGGCAAAGGACGGGGAUCAUGCUGGAGAGCGUUUGGCGGCCCAGGGACUUCGUGAUGAAGAUUUUCGCACCGAGACCCUCCUGGCCAUCCUCGAGAAGUAUAACUUCAGUGAUCUUCAUGGUGGUCAACGGCCGCGCGUGCUCACCCAUGGAAGAGAACCAGUCGAUCGCGGAGCCUUCGGCUACUUCGCCCACGGCGCCUUCAAAGGGAUAACCCGGAAGACGCUAAAAUGGCCGCUUCUCCUGAGGUAUGUGAACGCGUUCCUCGGCGACGAUUGGGAACAUGGAGACGGCCGCCGCGCAGACCGAGACCGCCGAAGUUGGACCUCGCUGAGUAUCUCACACAAUGUACCCUCCGAGAUGCACACCGACAAAAACAACCUGAAGGGGAGCCGAAACUACACCCUGUGCGUCGGUGAGUACGAAGGCGGAGGGUUGUGGCUGGAACAACCAGGAGGCGGAGUGUGGCGGCGCGGACCCCAUGCCGAUGAGGUCGAGGGCAUCGUCAUUGACAACAAGGACCAGCUGUGCGAGUUUGACCCUCGCCUUCGACACGCAUCCCAGCCGUGGACCGGGAAUCGUUGGUCGAUCACGGCCUAUACCGCCAGGAGCUUCCCGGAUGCGACAAAGGCCGAGAGGAGGACGCUAAAGGAGCUUGGUUUUGCGACCCCUUCCCGUGCCGAGAUCCGCGCUAUGAGGACCACGGUCGAGCAGGAGAACGCACUCCAUGAGACAAGGGAGGCCCCGCUUCGAAGCCAAAGGAAGAAGGUUCGGAGGAAGGCGGCCGCCCUCAGCGUGCUGCUGGCUACCGCGAUCUCCGUCUUCACAGGCGUCUGCUGCGAUACUCUGCCGGAGAGGAUGUCCCCCAGCAACGCCCUCCUGGAGGUUGGUGGAAUCUCUGCUACCUGUAGACUGGCGGAGUUUUGUCCCCAAACGGUCAACAUCGCCGAGCCCAUUACACUUGAUGAUCUCUUGGACAACGACCAUCCCGAGGACGCUUCCUUUGGCUUGGUCGAGGCGGCGGUAAUGCGCGAGGAGCCCGGCGAACUAUGGAUACAUGUACGAGAAGAAUGGACCGACACCAACAUCUACGAGGACAUGAUGGAGGCCAUCGAGACCCAACUCCGCAGCAGGAGGGCAGUGAUAUUCCAGCGUGCCCUCGAGGAAGACGAGGUGUGGGAACAAAUGACCUCCGGAUGGUGCGAGGCCGGCUACAAGGUCACCCACGAUGUUGGCGAAAAUCAAGAAGAGCUCAUCCGUGUGAUUCAACAUGAAGAAGAGCCGGGGGUGCACGAGGUGAUGAUCGGGGACACCGUGAUUUCCAUGGUGACGGGAAAGGAGACCAACAUCGACGACGAGCUGGAGAAUGUCAGUGGCACGAAUACCUCCGGGUCCGAAGGCGUGGACGACGACCCCGUUGCUGCCGAGUCCAAGGGUGACAGAGCUGGAAAAACGGUCUAUGCGGAAGGGGUGCUUCCUCCGGGUGACGAAGGACGCGACCAACCGUUGGAGCGAGGGGCUCGAGCCAUCAAGUUCCCUCCUUCUGUCCCUGGCCAUAUCGCUUCAAGUCUCCGCCGGCUACACCAAAACUUGGGCCACCCAUCCACUGCCGACUUUGUUCGGCACCUGAGGUUGGCUGGUGCUAGCCGCGCUGUCCUGAAGGCGGCCCGCUCUCUCACUUGCGAGACGUGCCGCCGCACCAAAGCCACGGCUGCGGCAAAACCCGCCAAGAUCGGAAGCUGCCUGAGGUUCAACGAUGUGGUCGGGGCCGAUUUGAUCUAUGUGCACGACUCGGAGGGUGUCAAGCAUCAGUUGCUAUCCGUUGUGGACUUCUCCUCGGCCUACCACAUAGUGAUACCGGUUGCCCGAAAGGACACGCCGCACCUCGAAAAAGCUUUCUGCGAGCAUUGGCUUAAUGUGUUUGGGACACCUACGGUGGUGGCCGUCGACCUCGAGAAUGGAUUGGAGAAAGCCUUCGCCAAGAUCAGCGACUGGACCGGCACGAAGAUCAAAAAUGCAGCCGGCCAGGCACACUGGCAAGCUGGUUUCGUCGAACGCCACGGUGGUACCUGGAAGGCCAUCUUUGCUCGCAUCGUCGACGAGAUGUCCGUGCAGAAAGGAGACAUGCAUUUGGCAAUCGCCGCCGUUUCCUCGGCGAAGAACGGAUUGGCCCGGUCCGGGGGGUACAGUCCUGUCCAACACGUCUUCGGCUCGACACCAAACUUGCCCGAGGACUUACUGGACGGACCCCAUGCAAACCGCCCGGGCGAUGAACCCAUCAUCGACGACAAGCACGCUAGAGAGGUGGCAAUUCGAACGGCGGCAAGGGCGGCCUUCCACGUUGUCCAAACAGAUGAUCGGGUGCGGAGGGCCUUGGCGGGCCGCGCACGCGUUCAAGAUCGGGCCCCGGAGCCGGGCGAACAGGUGUUCUUCUACAGGAAGGCGAAGAACGCAAAACGGGGGAGCUGGCUCGGCCCGGGCACAGUGAUUGGACCGGAGGGCAACAACCUGUGGGUGACUCGUGGUGGGCGAUGCUUCCUAUGCGCUCCCGAACAUCUCCGUCUGUCGACUCCAGAGGAGCUCGGCCAGGCUUUUUCCUUCAAGGCUGCCAAAGAGGACCUCGACCGCCUCCUGAACACCGAGCUGGAGACGGACGAAGAGUUCCCGGCCCAGACCGACCUUGAUAUCGGAGAGGCUCCGGAGGGCGGCAUUUCAGACGUGGGCAGUCACGUCGUGCCUACAGAUGAGGAGAUGAUGGACCCCGAUGACGAUGAUGAAAGAACGGAUGGGCAUCCACCUCGUGGUCGACGACGUGUUCAUGAAGGGCCCCCUCCGUACCAGGUGAUGAAACGCCAUCGCCGAAAAGGUCCCCCUGAUCCUCCUCGCGAAGCCAUGAUGCUCAAGCAGGCCAAGACAAGACGCUCCCGGGAAAAGCAGAUGGAGAAAGAGUUGCCGUGGAACUCGAUCCCGGAGUCCAAACGAGAAGAGUUUCGUGCCGCUGAAGCCAAACAGUGGAAGGAACACCUGGACCACAACGCGAUCGAAGUGCUAUCCCUCAGCGACAGCGAGCUCAUCCGCCGCUCAGUGCCCGGUGAGCGUAUCCUCAAUUCGAGGUACGCUUACCGUGAUAAAAACCUCGGUAAGCGGCGGGCAAAUCCAGAUUUGCCAUGGAAGCCGAAGGCGAGGUUAGUUGUAGCCGGGCACCAAGACCCAGAUGUCCUCACCUCCGACGCCCCCGUCGACUCCCCGACGGUGGCACGUUCCUCACUGAUGGCCCUCCUGCAGAUAUGUGCUUCCCGGCGCUGGACGGCAGCUGCUGGCGACGUUCAAGCAGCCUUCCUCAACGGUUUGGAGCUGCAGAGGGACUUGUGGAUGAAACAACCCCGGGGCGGAGUCGAUGGCCUACAUCCUGACCAACUGGUGAAGAUUCGGAAGGGGAUCUUUGGGCUAUCAGAAAGCCCCCGCCGCUGGUAUGAGAGGCUCUGCAACGUGCUCCUCAACGAGGUCUUUGCCGUCGACGGGAAUGACUACGUGCUAAAGCCCUGUCCCUUGGACCCUUGCGUGUUCAUGCUUGUGCCCAAGGACUUCAAAGGGGAACCUGUCGCCUACCUGGCCAUCCACGUCGACGACAUCCUGGUGAUUGCGGACAAGAAGCUCAAUCGGCUCCUACAAGCUCGCCUCAGCGAACUUUUUCCGGUGGAUGGUUGGGAAGAGGACGAGUUUGACUACGUGGGGUCGUUUGUCCGGAAUGGCCCUGAAGGGGUCAAGCUUUCCCAGACGAGCUUUGUCGAGGGCAGGCUGUUUCGAGUUGAUGUUCGCAAAGACCAACGUGCCGAAGACCCCGCUGAGGAGGAACAGAUCAUCGACAACCGGUCUUUAGUGGGGGCCUUGAGCUGGUUGGCCACACAGAGCCGGCCCGACCUUCAGUGCAGCGUGGCGCUUGCUCAACAAUUGCAAAGGGCCCCAACCGUUGGCGACGUACGCUUCACCAACACCAUCGUCGACCGCGCCAACCUCCACAAGGAUGAGGGCAUCAACCUCCCGCCGGUGGAUCUGGAUCGCGCGGUGUUCGUCGUCUACCACGACGCCGCCUGGGCCAACGCAGAGCUCGAGGUGGCUGAGGCUGGGUUCCAGCUAACUCCCGAGGAAGUCCGCCUCGGGAACAUCGGGGGACCCUUCGGCCCUGACCGGCCUAGAAAACCCAAACGGGCCGGGUCAAAGCUCGCCUCCCAGAUCGGCCACAUGAUCAUGCUGUUCGAUGAGAAGCUGGCUAGUGGAUGCCUGGCAAUCGGUGGGAUGCUGGAGUGGAGGAGCCAAUCCUGCAAACGGGUCUGCAGGAGUACCUUUGGCGCAGAGACUAUGGCCGGGGUCGAAGGACUGGAAGGGGGCCAGUACACCCGGUCCCUGUUUGCGACCCUCCUGAAGGGGGACCUGGUGAAGGUGGAAGAAGCACGGAGCCGUUGGCCUCUACUCUGCCUGACCGACUGCAAAUCCCUCUUCGACCAUCUUCAGAAAACCGGAGUACCCCGAGUGCCAAGUGAUCGUCGUCUGGCGAUAGACCUCACCGCGCUCCGAAUGGAACUCCUGGUCGAACGCUGGCAUGCCAAGAUCCCCCUGCUCUGGAUCCCGACGGGCGACCAGAUCGCGGACCCGCUGACGAAACCCAUGAACUGCGAGGAAUGGUGGCAACGGAUGAAGAAGGGCAUUAGGUUGCCUUUCCGUAGCGGCGUUGCGGUGCCUGCCAGUGUCAGCACCGCACUUAGCUGA